CAUUGAAUGAUGAAGUCACUAACAAAUGUUAAACCUCUUGUUGACAGCCGACCAAGUUGACCAAGACUAGGAAGCUCCGAGGACAUGUCAGCCACGGACAUGGUCGUAUUGGCAAGCACAGAAAGCAUCCUGGAGGUCGUGGUAAUGCUGGUGGUAUGCAUCACCACAGAAUCAACUUCGACAAAUACCAUCCGGGGUACUUUGGAAAGGUGGGUAUGAGACAUUAUCACCUGAAGAGAAACACAACCCACUGCCCCACCAUCAACCUGGACAAGCUGUGGACUCUUGUAAGCGAGCAGACCAGGCUCAACUAUGCCAAGAAACCAGAGGGACCUGCCCCCAUCAUUGAUGCUGUGCGCGCUGGCUACUACAAAGUUCUGGGCAAAGGCAAGCUGCCCAAGCAGCCUGUGAUCGUCAAGGCCAAGUUCUUCAGCCGACGGGCAGAGGAGAAGAUCAAGGCAGCCGGAGGAGCUUGUGUGCUGAUGGCAUAAUGCUCUUGUCAGUCUGUUUUUGCAAAAAUAAAAUGUAUAAAUGGG